CUGUUUUUUAUUCUCGUGAGAAAUAUAGACGUUUCUGUUUGAAGGGUCGCUUCCUAUUUUCUUGUUUUAACAAACAGCACUAGUGUUUUUGUUUUGUUUACAUUUAGCUUUGCGUAUUUUACUCGCUGCGUUUUUCCCCCGACAAAAUGUUUGGAAUUGAAAGGAGUGUUCAAAGUGUCGUUAAUUUAAUCAUGCUACUGGCAAUUUACGAACAAAAGGGUACAGACGGUGGAAUUAUUUCAACAACCACAGCGCCGCCUUUAGAUGCCGAUACAGAUACCAGCUGGAAAACAAUCAAACACUGGCCUGAGGGACUAAUACCAUAUGAUCUUACUGAUACAAUGUAUGACCGGAAUGAAAGAGGACUUAUCCUGUCCGCUAUGAAGAGAUGGGAGUAUAAGACAUGCAUAAAGUUCGUGCCAUGGACUGAAAAACUUCAUGAAGAACUAGGCGAGGAACGAUACAUCCAUUUCUUUAGUGCUGGGAGCUGCUUUUCAAGAACAGGAAUGCAAGACGAACAACCACAACUAUUUGGAAUAGGAAAAGGCUGUUUGAAGAUGUCAACUAUCCUUCACGAACUGGGUCAUACUAUAGGUUUGGUUCAUGAGAUGGAACGUCCAGAUAGACCUUUCUAUCUUGAUGUGCACCGUGAGAACAUGAAUGAAGACUCGAGGAACAAUUUUAUCACUACUGAUUUGAAGAAAACUUCCUACAAUCUUUAUAACACGCCAUACGACUACAAGAGUAUUAUGCACUACGGACCAAAGGCAUGGUCUAAGAACAGAAAGACGGUUUUAGUAUCAAAGGAUCCUGCCUAUCAGCACGUGAUUGGUAAAGCAAAUGAUGUUAGCUUCUUCAAUGCGCUCUAUGUCAACAGAGCUUAUGGCUGUGCAGAGCGUUGUUCAGAUACUUUGGCCGGAAUAUGUCAAAACGGCGGGUUCCUGGGAGGGCCUGAUUGUAAAUGUUUAUGUCAGGACGGCUACGCUGGUCAGUUCUGCGAGACAGCAUUACCGGGAUUUGAACAUAUAAUAGAAUGGAAGUGCCAGAAGGACUGGGUGUUUCACGGUGGGAGGUGUUACCUGUUCAGUACUGAUGACGACACAACAGAUUUCAUCCAUUCGAAAAUAUCUUGUAGACGUAAAAAUGCAACACUGGUUAUGUUUAAAGAUAGGCCAGAACUGGAAUGGCUGAACUAUAAGAUUCAAGAACUGCAAAUGAUCACAGGGAAGACGUCCUUCUGGAUUGGAAUGACCAGAGAAAAGGGUUCUCCUGCUUUAAAAUGGAUUGAUGGAACGUUGGUAGAUAGUAAUCUAGUAUCUCUUGUUGACAAUAGAGGGGCAGAUCAGCCAGGUUGUGCCAUAUUUGAUGGAGAGACGGUCAUCCUAAAUAAUUGUACUUCCGGUUAUGAAAAUGGGUAUAUUUGUGAAAAAACUUUUGAUGCUACUUGUGGCGGACGAUAUGUUGUAUCGGACGAGUCACCAACAGUAAUUCAGAGUCCCGGAUUUCCAUACGGAUACCCAGAGGGCAUUAAAUGCACAUAUAUAUUGCAGUCAAGUGACGAUUCCCGAAUAAGGAUAACGUUUCAAACUUUCCAACUGGAUAGGAAUAACAAAGACUACAUGGAUGUUCUACUGGUAAAUGAUGUCACUCAGCCUGAAGAAAGAUAUACUGGAGAAUCACUACAUGGACAGUCUUUAGAAACUGUUGGAAACCUUGCAGUAGUAACGUUCAAAACUAAUGGACGGAUCUCAGCAAAAGGCUUUCAAGCAUCAAUUACAAAGAUGAACUCCGCUGUUCCAACAACUGCGCCGUCUUUGCCAUUUCUGGAUGCAAUACGGAAAACUUUCUGUUCUAAAGGGAAGGAAAAUACACCUUCAGAUGAUGCGAAGUCAUGGUGGAGUUUGUCGGAACUGUUCAAUGUUUUCAAGUCUAUGACUUUCUCGAAAUUACUGUAAAACGAUUGUUUAUAUAAUCGUGAAAGAAAACAUUACAUUUUUCAAAAAUAUAACGCCUUUUAUGUUACGCGUACGUUCGCCCAGGUAGUUUUUUCUUGAAAUUGUGUAUUUUCCAAUUAUUACCAAAGAAAAAUUUAGAUAUUAUCUAAGCAACAGAUUUGAAUUUUAGACUGCGAUAAUUCUUCUACAUAAUAACAAACAUACGUCGUACAUUUAGAAUUUGUUUAGUCUUCCGUAUCUAGACCAGAAAGUUUGCAGUGUCUUGAAAAAUAAACAUGAAAAUUGCAUCAAUAUAUUAGCGACUAUAGUAUUAAAGUAUAUUUUGUAUGAUGUCGAGUGUAUAAAGUAUUAUCAAAAUGACUAGUGGUUACUUUACCACCAUUUUAGGGUCAGAUGAAUUCGCAAAUAUAUUGUAAAGUUAAUGAUAACCUCGUUACGUGCUUGAUAUUACAUAUUAUUUAUGUAUGACUUCGGAUGCAAUUUUUCACAGCUGCUAUCAUUUCAUGUAUUAGCAAGAAUUUCAGUCAUAUAGUGUUCAAUUGACAAUGUCUGUGAUGGAUUUGAAUGACCUAAUGUUAUAGAGUCUUAAAAUAAUAGGUCCAUUUCACUAUUCUAAUGCAUUUUGUCUGCAAAUUAAAACGCGGUCGCUGCCUUAAGAUUCAAAAAUAAUUACGGUAAACCAAUGGAUAAAUAGAAAAUACAUUAUAAAUCUGAAUAAACACAUGCCGUCAAAACACUUGGAAAAAUACAAGAAAUGAUUGAGUAAUGGGAACUAUCAAAAGUCCAAAGAUAUCAAAAUGUAAAGGCAGUUCAGACACUACAUAGGUUUGAAUCCGACAAAAACAUACUAAAUAUCAAGAAGAGCAAUAGCUUACCUAAUACAUUAAGGUUACUGCUACCCACCUUUGAGAGGGUAACUUCUUGCACGAAAAUGCUUUCGUCUCUGUAAACAGUUGACUUAAAGAAAGCAAAUGUCCUUUUAGAAUGUCUGUUUACCUCUCACUCAAGACGCUGUAUGUACUGAAUCCCAACAAAGAUACCCGAGCCGUUAUUUUGAAAUUCUCACCGUAUUUCGGGUGUUUGUGAACUGAUUUUGUCUUGCAUGUUCCGUUCUCAUCCUUGUAUGAUUAGGGUUAGGUUACGUUGAACUUUCAUAUGAGAAAACAACGUUCUCCCAGUCAGAAAACUUUCUUAUUGAUCAGCAAAGGGAGAGUAAUGGCUCUAACGUUCUAUGUCUUUAAAGAUAUUUUAUAACACACGUUUAUCUGCCCGCAGAACACUAAACCUCCUAUCUCUAACAGUAAUCUUUAGAGUUGUUCCAUUUCUUUUCUGCUGCUCGAUACUUACAACUUUUUCAAUAUAUGUAUAAAUAUCUAGCAUAUUGUAGACUGAGGGGAGUCAGCCCUUCCAGACAUAUCUCAAGCUGUGGUGAUCCCAGUCAAUAUACAACUCGUCAGUUAUCUCAUGGCGGUGGUGUGAAUGCUUUGCUAUUUUUAAUCGAAGAGAGGUCACUCUAAGAAUAUUGCGAAAGUUUAUUGUGCAGUUGUUACUUUUCUUACCAUGUCAUAGUCAGGUUUAAUGUUUUGAUGAGGGCUAAAGGACGUAGUAAAAAUUCUCAGUAACUGUACUUCAUUUCAUUAAAGUUUCCCAGUAUUACAUAAAAUUGAUGCAUUUUAUGCUUGAGUAAACUUGGCUAAAAACAAGGAAGAACAUCCAACAGGGAAAGCCGCGCUCUAAAAACGCAGCCUCCCCAAACGCGCACACGAUCAACACACGCACACCACACACACAAAGCAAACACACAAGGACAAAACAAACAAACAAAAGAACACAGUGUGGCACCGCCUUGGAACGGUCAGUGGCAAAACCACCACUGGGGAGCUUAAACCGGUUUAUGGUGCAAAUACACUCAGACAUACACAAACACCAGGGCCAAGAUGUUCCAAACUUUGACUGGCUGUUUGAAUCACUACCGGUUCAGGUUUGAUAUUUGUCUUGCUGUAAAGACAAUUAGUGUCCAUAAUCCUUAACUCAUACAUUUAUUUAACUAAGUCUUCUAAACUGUUGAAAUAUAACAAUAAAAGUUAUUCAGCUGUCGGCGUAAUCACCUGUUGAAAUAUCAAACAACUGGGUUCUAACCCCACGAAAAGUAAAAUACAUUGAAAAUAAUAUGUGAAUUCAUAAAAUACGUAUUAAAUUUAACACUUAUUUAAGUGGGUUUGUAUAUAACGUUGUAAAUUUAACUGAUCAAAAUGUACAAAUAUACGUCAUAACAUUUGGUUUUCCAAAUCCAACUAAGCUCGGAUAUCGAAUUACGUAAACGGACUUAAAACGGUAUCAAAGAAAAUCAAAAUUGCAUUCAUAAUGCAUGUAAUUUUAUUUCAAUAACCCGACGGACAUUGUUACGAUUCAAAACGAUUUUUAUUUUUGCCACUGACCAUAUCAAGACAUUUUGUCAUUGUGUUAAUUAUGUUUUAUCCUCGUUGUGUAUGUCUUAAUUUCGUAAGGUAAUCAUAUACACUGCUUCUGGGUUAUUUUUAUGGGUCUAGGAACUUGGAUCUUCUAAUUGGUAUUUAUCUUUAUUUACAUUUCGAUAAUCUGACCUGUUAUUUGUAAAAGUAAUAAUACAAAGAGAUAUCGAAUAAAAUGUCUUUUAACUCAA